AUGGCCCUAGGCGCCGGGCGACACGACGACGGGGAGUUUGACCACUCCCAGAACGACGAGCUGCGUAUGUGCGGGAUGGCCGGAGAUGAUGAGGACGAUGUUGUCCGCGAGGACGCCGCCGUGCUCUUGGGCGUUUCAUUGUUGAUCCCUUUCCGUCGAUGA